AUGGCGAAAAGCGCAAAGCACAAGAAGGAGAAGAAGAAGGACUUCCAGAAGCCGAAGCUCAAGGUUGGAAAGGCCAAACCGAAGGCUGCGAACUUUACGGAUACGAGCUUCAAAGCCAAGUCGAUCGUCCUCGUCCAGCAGUCUAUCUUGGCUGCCGCUCCUUCGGCGACCUCACAGUUCUCGCACCACCUGUCGAUGCUCUCCCACAAAUCCGACACCCAAGUAAAAGAGUCCCUAGCCUACCUAACGACCGCCCUCUCCACCAAGCCCGCCGACGCGCCCCUCCCCCAGCCCAUCACCCUCAUCCUCUCCAAAGUCCAACCCCUCGUCCACAGCGCCUCUCACGGCGUCCGCCAGCAACUCCUCAAGCUCCUGCAAACCCUCCCCCCAGCCGAGCUAGCCGGCCACACCGACCAGCUCCUCCUCUGGACCCGCGCAGGAAUGACGCACCUCUCGACCGACAUCCGCUCCACCUCUCUCGACAUCCUCGAAUGGCUGCUCCUCGCCGCGGGCGACGACGUCGUCAGCUGUGCAGGCGGCUGGUUCAAGACGUUGAAGACGUUCCUCGGGCUGCUGGGCUGGCAGGCCCGCGUCGACACCGACAGCCACUGGACGAGCAACCGCGCAGUUUCGAGUAAACCGAGCGAUGCGAAGGCGCAGGGCAGGACUCUGAUGGCGCUGGCGGCGUUGCUGCGCGCUGGACUAGCUCCGCCGAAAGACGACGGCAAGGAUCUUGGGCCGGUGAACAACUUCCCGCUCUGGCGUACCGACGCCCAUAUGGCGAGAGGUGGGUUCGCGCAUCUGAAUCUUUUUGGGCCACCGCGCGAUGAGGAGUCGGAGAUGUAUGGGGAUCGGGGGGACCGUCAGAGGAUUUUCUAUGAGCGAUUUCAGUCGUCGAUCACGGCAGGAUUGGGAAUGGCGAAGAAAGAGGGUGGAGAGGUUGGCAGAGCGGCCGCUGCGGUUAGGAGGGCGAUGAGUGAGGGUAUGGCGGAUUAUGGCGAUUAG